GGAAGAUGAGAAGAUUGCAAGGUAGACCGCCGCGAUGCCUCCUCCUCCUCCUCCUACUACCUACCUACCUACCUACCUACCUACCUACCUACAUGAGAAUGCCUCUCUGACGGCCCGUCGUCUGCAGGUUGCUUACGGAAUCCGGGUUCCUGUGAGUGAGUGUGAGUGUGAGUGAGACUUUGCUAGGGGAAAAUGUAUCUACUACUAUGUUUCUGUUCUCUCUUCUCUUCUCUUUCUCCGAUUCGAUUCGAUCCGAUCCGAUCCAAUGGGCUGUCUGGAUCCUUUUUUUUGGUUCUUUUUUGGCAGAUUUUGGGGCCUGUUUUUUUUCCUUCGGAUUCUUUCUUAUUCGCAAUGUUGGUUUGUUUCUCUUUUCUUUUCUUUCUUCCACCAUACAAUUUAUAUAUAAGCCGACGAUAUUAUGACGGGUGUUCUUUUUCUUUCUUUCAUUUCUUUCCAUUCAUUUCAUUUCAGUACAUUUCAGUACAUU